UACUGUUGAAUCGUUUAUUAUAUCAUAAUUUAUGGCUGAUUCAUUGAGUUGAAGAAUGUACAUUGAACAAUGUUACUUUUUAAAAAAAUGACUUUUUAAUUUUUAUAAGCUACAAGCUUAGAUCAGAAAUCCUAAACACGAUGAGUUAUUUUACAGAAUUUGAUUCGUCCGUUUUUUAAUUAUAAUUACACAAUUAUACAGACCGUUGUUGGCUUAAAUCUCUGUAACUAAGUAGGUAAAGAGAUUCCACCUUAUAAGUACAACGUUGUAUCGAUAACUUAACUAUGGAUGAUUUUUUGCGACUUGUGACUUCAGAUUUUGAACACAUAGCAUCUAAUACUGGGUUUCGAUUCAAUCAAUAUAAUGGAUCGGUUGAUUGGGAAUAUUUAGAAGAAUUUGUCAUUGGUGAUAUAGUUGAUAACGCUGAUGUAAAGAGUUUGUCAAAGCUUGUAGCCAGUGUUCUUAGUUACAAUAUUGAAAAAAUGAGUGUGUCUAAAAAAAUUUUUCGUCUUUCACAAUUGAUAAUAGACUUUUUGUUACAUUACAAAAACCAUUCAACUUUUAAGUUCAAUGAAAAAGUAGAUUCAAUGGCACUUUGUGAGUUAUGUGGAAAGAUGUUCAUGGAUAAUUCUUAUUUGAAAUAUCAUUGUUUCCGUCGACAUAAACUUAACUCAUGCACUUUUACAAAUUCUCUAGACAAUGAAUAUGUUGAUAGUUUAAAAUCAGAAAUCCUUCAACUUCAAACUCAAUUGAAAGAAACUACAUUAACUCUUGAGAAUAAAUUAAAAAAUUCUCAAAUGUACUUUGAUGAACAUGACCUAAAUAACUGUAAUUUUGUUCAUAAAAAUAAAUUAUCAUACCAUUUAAUACCUCAACCCUAUGAUAACCCUAUGCAGAUACAAGAAAUGUAUUGGAAACAAAAAUAUGAAAGCUUAGAAGAAAAUUAUAAUACUCUUAAAAAUGAAUAUGAAAAAAGUCAAAGUUCUACUAAAUCUAAAACUAUUUUAGAUCAUAAAUAUCAACAGUGUGAUUUUUAUAAAUCUGAAAAAUCCUCAAAGUGUAUACAGACAAAUAUUUUAAUUGAAAAAUCAACACCUGUAUGUUCUCCAAAACGACCACCUCGGAGAAUUGAUGUAAUACCUGUGGAUGAUUAUAAAGGAAUCUGUAGUAUGGAUAUUUCAGAUAUAGAUCAAACAAAUUUAGAUGGUUAUCAGUGUAAUGAUAAUUUAAGCUCAGACAAAGAUUUUUAUGAAUUAAAGAAAUUAAGACUGGAAGCUCGUAUGAAUAUUGAUGAUAACAAUGUUUGUGAAAAUUUGUCAGAGCCUUUGUUGUCUUCCGACUUAGUAAACAGUAUAAAAAUUGUACUGAUACUUGGUCAAACUCGAGUUAAUGAAUUAUUUAAAAAUGUCCCAUUAAUGGAUUUAAUAAAAUUUGAAAUUAAAGAUUUAGUUAACAAAAGGUUGGAAGAUCAUUAUAGUUUUGUGGAUGGGAUGGAUGAGAGUGUAGAGCAGGAUAAUUGUUUACAUGAAAAGAUUGAAAAUCAAAUGUGUUCUGAAGUUUCUAUUUGUGAAGACAAUAAAAAUGAAUCACAUAGUUCUCCUGAAAUUGAUUGUAAUAAAACUUCAGUUAAAAAAAAUAAAACAGUUAUGUCAAAAUUAAAAAAGAAAGCAAAGCGCCUUAGCAAUAUAUUUUCUCCAAGUACAAAAACUAAAAUAAUAGAAGUACAACCAUCUACCACACAAGACCCUGAAAUUUCACAAUCAAAUGAACAAUGUAAUAAUGAUAAUGGUAAUGCAUGACUUCCAUAAUGACAUGUAUGCAUUAUUAUCAUAAUUAUAAAAAAAAAUACACAUGAAUCAAUAAAUAUUUUUAAAGAAAGUUAAUUAUAUUAUGUAUUUAUAUUUUUUUUUGAAAAUAAAGUUUUAUUUUUUGUUAUAUUAAGUACUUAUUGCAUAACUUUUUAUAAAAAUUUUCAUUUAUUCAAUUAAUUUAACUGGUUAUGUUUAGUACAAUUUCUCACUUUCAGUUAAUUUCUGUGAUAAAAUAAAAAACUAUAUUGUUUUGAAUAAUAUAAUAAAAUAUUUAAUUUUAUUGUGUUUUUAUAAUGUAAAUUGUAAGGUUAAUAAUUUUUUAAUUUUAUUAAUCAGAAUAUUUUAUAAAAAUGCUGGUUUAAAAAUUGAUGUAGAAUGUUAUUAUUAUAAAUACAAGGCCUUAACUACAUGUCUACAUUGGACAUUGGUCAAAGUAGACUGUUAUUAAUUUAUAAACAUUUAAAGUUCAGAUUAUAUUAUAAGCAAUGUAAUAUGAAGGCUUCAAGAAAAACCAUAAAAUUAAUUGUAUACUAAUCUGUUUCUCCACUUUUAAAAUUAGCCUAGUUAGUCAUAGAAUGCCUUGCAGUUUAUAUUUACUAUAAUAAAUUAUAGUUUAUAACUAAGAUCUGGAUUUAAA